UCACAAAAUCCACAAUGUCCACAACCACCACAGACACACCCGCCCCCCAACAACCCGCCUCACCCCCUCCCUCCACCCCAACAGACGCCUCCCAACUAAACACCUACUACACCUGGAGCACCUUCUUCAACAUCCUCCUCUCCCGCUCCACGCCCACGGAAACAGCCUCCUACUUCGCCGCGCGCGACCUCGCCAACGAAGCCAGCGACUGCGCCCGCUGCACCCAAACCGUCACCUCGCUCUUCAAAACCUCGCCCAUCGUGCGCUUCCUCCGCGACGAAACGCGCGCCCUCAGUGGCGGCCGCCACAGCGAAAUUGGCCCCGCGCAGAUCCACUGUCGCCGCUGUACCACGCGGCAGAGCGGCGGGUUCGACAUGGACUAUGGGAUUCUGCUGUGUGCGAAUCAUCUGCAGAGUAGGGCGCAGACGGAGGAUACGCUGGCGCAUGAGCUGGUACAUGCGUAUGAUCAUUUGCGGUUUGAUGUGCAGAGGACGGACUUGAGGCAUCAGGCUUGUACGGAGAUCCGCGCCUCCACACUCUCCGGCGAGUGCCGCUUCACACGCGAGUUCUUCGGUCGUCGGCAGUGGAAGGUCACGCAGCAGCUGCAGGAAUGCGUGCGGCGGCGCGCCACGCUCUCGCUCAUGCAUAGGCCUGAAUGUAAAGAUGAGGCGCAUGCCAGUCGGAUAGUGAAUGAGGUGUGGGAGAGCUGUUUCCGCGAUACGAGGCCGUUUGAUGAGAUAUAUCGGUAGUAUGGAGGGGGG